AAGAGCCCAUCAGAACAUCUCAGAGUGCAUUACGGUAUUUCCCUUGGUUGUGGUAAAAUGCUUUAGACAGUCGAAGCAAAACACUUUAUACAAUAAUAAUAGUCUGGAUAUCAUUUCUAUCUUUGAAUGUUUCUCUAUGUGAUGUGUGUGAAUGGGUGUGUGCAUACAGUUGCUCUACUCCCCAUGUGUUGACUGAUGACCCAGUGACCCUCAGCAGGUGAUGCCAAGAGGUGACUGACAUGGAGGAAGGGGAAGCCCCAGCUGCUCCGGUGUUGGUUGGAGAGAUGAAAGAGGUUAUGACAGCGGAGGGGGAGAGAGAAGAGUCCAUCCAGGAGACGGUAUUGACAACAGUGACGACACUGACUACGGUUGUUGACACAACUACAAGAAGGAUGGACGUAGAGGAGGUUGAAACUGACAUAAUAACAGAGGCGGAAGAGGAGAAGGAAGAGAUGGAGAAGGAGGGAAAAGAAUCAGAGAUAGAGGAGGAUGAAAAGGAAGCAGAGGUGGAGGGGGGAGAAGAAGAGAAUGGAGAGAAAGAUGAGAGUCAAGCAAAGAAGCUGUUGGAAACUUGGGAAUCAGAGGCCUCCUCUGAUGAGAAACCUCCUCUACCAGACCCAGCAUUCAACAGGAGGUGCAGCCUGCUCAUCAGUGAUGUAAAGUAUAAGGAGGACUUUGAGAAGAUGAGGGGUCAGAGUCUGUUUGUUCCUGGAGCCGAACUCAUCCAUGCCAAGAACAUCAGCGCUGUGAUAUCUGAGUCAAAAUACAAAGAGGAGGGAAAGAAGGAAGCGUCGAUGUCACUGUACUCCAUCCUACCAGAGACUCCUGAGACUCAACGUGCCAGAGAGGCUUCAGAGCUGCAGAGUGAGAUUAAAUACAAAGGAAAUGUGAAGACAGAGAUUUCCUCGUCUCUUUAUUCUCUGCUGCCAGAAACCACAGAGACCCAGUUUGUCAAAGAACUGACAGAGAUAUUGAGUGAGAAUAAGUACAAGGAGGAAGGAAGGAAGGAGAUGAGCAGCAGUUUGUACUCUCAGCUUCCUGAAACUGCCGAGAUGCAGCUGGCCAAGACCGUUCACGAGUUUCAGAGCGAGAAAAAGUACAAAGAAGAUGGGAGGAGAAAGGCCUCCAUUUCCCUCUAUUCUCAACUCCCUGAAACCCCAGAAAUACAACACGCUCUGGAGGUGUCACAGCUGCAGAGUGAGGUGAAUUAUCGCCCUAAAAUGCUGGUUAAAGGAGCCCCCUCCUCUCUUUACUCUCAGCUCCCCGACACCACAGAGAUCCAGUUUGCCAGAGAGAUGACUGAGAUGCAGAGUGAGAGUAAGUACAAGGAGGGUUGCAGGAUGAGCCUCUCCCAGAGUUUCUACUCUCAACUCCCAGAGACUUCUGAGACUCAGUUUGCUAAAAGUGUUGCUGAGCUGCAGAGCGAGAUGCGGUACAAGGAGGCGGGUAAGAAGGGCGUGAACUCGUGUUUGUAUUCUCUACUCCCGGAGACUUUAGAGACGGCUCAUGCCAAGGAAGUCUCUGAGCUGCUCAGUGAGGUGAAGUAUAAAGAGGAGGGUAAGAAGGAGAUGAGCAUCAAUCUAUACUCUCUGCUGCCUGAGACCAUUGACACCCAACACGCUAAAGAGGUGUCAAACCUGCAGAGUGAGCUGAAGUAUAAAGAAGGUCUGAAGCAGAAGAUUCAGAGCAGUUUGUACCAUCAGCUCCCAGAGACCACAGAGACACAGCUGGCCAAACAGCUGUCUGAACUGCAGAGCGAGACAAAGUAUAAAGAAGCUGGAAAGAAGGAGAUAAAUACCUGCCUGUACUCUCUUCUGCCUGAAACCCUGGAGACACAACAUGCCAAAGAGACCACAGAGCUGCUCAGUGAGAUUAAGUACAAGGAGAGCGGGAAAAAGGACAGAUCCAGCUCUCUUUACUCCACUCUGCCUGACACUUCAGAAACCAGCUUCGCCAGAGAGAUGACUGACAUGCUGAGCGAGACUAAGUACAAGGAGAAUGGGAUGAAGACUCUUUCACAGAGUGUCUACAGUCAGCUACCACAGACCGCUGAGACUCAGUUUGCUAAAACUGUUUCUGAGCUGCAGAGCGAGACAAAGUACAAGCAGGGAAAGAAAGACGUGUCCAGCUCUCUGUAUUCCACUCUGCCUGAGACUCUGGAGACACUGCACGCCAAAGAGGCUUCUGAGCUGCAGAGUGAGCUGAAGUACAAGGCAGCUCUGAAGAAAGGUCGCUCUUCCAGUCUGUUCCACCUCCUGCCUGAGACCUUAGAGACAGCCCACGCUAAAGAAGUCUCCGAGCUCCUCAGCGAGGUAAAGUAUAAAGAGGAGGGUAAGGAGGAGAUGAACAUCAACCUGUACUCUCUGCUGCCUGAGACCAUCGACACCCAACACGCUAAAGAGGUGUCAAACCUGCAGAGUGAGCUGAAGUAUAAAGAAGGUCUGAAGCAGAAGAUUCAGAGCAGUUUGUACCAUCAGCUCCCAGAGACCACGGAGACACAGCUGGCCAAACAGCUGACUGAACUACAGAGCGAGACAAAGUACAAGGAGGCGGGUAAGAAGGAGGUGAAGACAUGUCUGUACUCCGUCCUGCCUCACACUAUGGAGACUCAGCACGCUAAGGAAGCCGCAGAGCUGCUCAGUGAGACCAGAUACAAAAAAGUCAUGAAGAAGGAGAUGUCCAACUCCCUCUACUCCACUAUGCCUGACACGUCAGAGACCAUCUUUGCCAGAGAGAUGACUGACAUGCUGAGCGAGAACAAGUACAAGGAGGACGGGAAGCGAAGUUUCUACUCUCAGCUUCCAGAAACGACUGAGACUCAGUUCGCUAAAACUGUCACUGAGCUGCAAAGUGAGGUGAAGUACAAAGAAGCAGGAAAGAAAGGAACAAUGAGCUCUCUGUACUCAACUCUACCUGAGACUCUGGAGACACAGCAUGCUAAAGAGGCUUCACAGCUGCAGAGUCAGCUGAAGUACAAGCAGAAAGACGCCUCCAGUCUGUUCCACCUGAUGCCAGAAACCAUCGACACUCACUUUGUCAGGCAGCAGACGGAGAUGCUUAGUGACGUCAAGUACAAAGAAGAAGGUAAGAAAGAGAUGAGCAUCAACUUAUACUCUCUGCCCGACACCAUCGACAUGCAGCAUGCUAAAGAGCUGUCAGACAUGCAGAGUGAGGCUAAAUACAAAGAGGCCGGUAAGAAGCAGACAUCAAUGUCUCUGUAUCACAGACUACCUGAAACUCUGGAGACACAACAUGCCAAAGAAGCGUCACAGCUGCAGAGUCAGAUCUUGUAUAAAGAGGCUGUUAAGAAGGAGCUGUCGUGUCCAGUUUACCACCAGCUGCCUGAAACCCUGGAGACCCAGUUUGCCCGAGAGCUCACCGACAUGCAGAGCCAAAACAAGUACAAGGAGGACGGGAUGAAGAGCCUCUCUCAGAGCUUCUACUCUCAGCUGCCAGAAACCACAGAGACUCAGUUUGCUAAAAGGGUUUCUGAUCUGCAGAGCGAGACAAAGUAUAAGAAGUCAGGGAGACAGGAGGCCAGCAGCUGCCUGUACUCUGUGAUGGCAGAAACUCUGGAUACUCAAUACGCCAAGCAGGCCUCCCACAUCCAGAGCCAGGUGAAGUACAAAGAGGACGGGCAGAAGGAGCAGUCAUCCACUCUGUACUCCAGCCUUCCUCAAACUCUCCAAACUGAGCUAGCCAAGGAGGUGACGGAGCUCCAGAGCCAGGUGAAAUACAAGGAGGGACAUAAGAAGGAAGCAUCCUCUUCACUCUACCACCUCCUUCCAGAGACAGCAGAGAUGUAUUUUGCCAAACAGAUGUCAGAGAUCCAGAGCGAGACAAAAUACAAGAAGGACAAAGAGGAUCUGCCCAACACUUUGUUCUCUCUGCUGCCUGAGACUCUGGAGACUCAGUUUGUCAAAGAGAUGGCUGAAACACACAGCGAGGUGAAGUACAAGCAGGCUGGGAAGGAGCAGGCGCAGUCGUCUCUGUACUCCAAACUGCCCGAAACUCUGGAGACUAAACACGCCAAAGAAGUGACUGAACUACAGAGUGAAAAAAAGUACAAAGAUGAGGGGAGGAAGGAGAUGACGUCGUCUCUGUACUCUCAGCUCCCUGAAACCUCAGAGACUCAGUUCGCCCGAGAGAUGACUGAGAUACAGAGUGAGAACAAGUAUAAGGAGAGUGGGAAGAAGAGCCAGACUGUCAGUGUGUACUCCCAGCUGCCAGAGACCAACGAGAUCCAGUUUGCCAAAGCUGUUUCUGAAAUACAAAGUGAGACCAAAUAUAAAGAAGCUGGGAGGAAAGACGCGUCCAGCUCUCUGUACUCGAAGCUGCCUGAGACUCUGGACACUCUGCAUGCUAAAGAGGUUUCACAGCUGCAGAGUCAGGUGAAAUAUAAACAGGACAGUAGAAAGGAGGUGAGUGGGUCUCUGUACCACCAGCUGCCUGAAACCACAGAGACGCAACUGGCUAAAGAGCUGAGAGACAUUUACAGCGAGGUGAAGUAUAAAGAAGAGGGGAAGAAGGAGAUCAGUAAAAACUUGUACUCUCUCCUCCCUGAGACAGCUGAGACCUUCUUCGCCAAGCAGAUGUCAGAGAUACAGAGUGAGACAAAAUACAAGAAGGACAAAGAGGAUCUGCCCAACACUUUGUUCUCUCUGCUGCCUGAAACGCUGGAGACUCAGUUUGUUAAAGAGAUGGCUGAGACACACAGCGAGGUCAAAUACAAGGAAGCAGGGAAGAAAGAAGCCACCAGCUCACUGUACCACCGGCUGCCUGAGACUCUGGAGACGCAGCAUGUUAAAGAGGUUACUGAGCUGCAGAGUGAGAACAAGUACAAGCAGAGCGGGAAAAAGUCCAUGUCGUCCAGUUUGUAUGCUCAGCUGCCGCAAACAGCUGAGACGCAGCUCGCCGCCAAGAUGUCCGACCUGCAGAGCGUGAGUAAAUACAAAGAGGACGGGAUCAGAAGUCUUUCUCAAAGCUUCUACUCUCAGCUUCCAGAAACAGCUGAGACUCAGUUGGCUAAAACUGUCUCUGAGCUGCAGAGCGAGGCCAAAUACAAGAAGGCGAGCAGGAAGGAGGCGAGCAGCUGUCUGUACCACCAGCUACCUGAAACUCUGGAGACUCUACACGCUAAAGAGGCGACUGAGCUGCAGAGUCAGAUGAAGUAUAAGGAGGAUGGUAAAAAGGAGCUGAGCACUAACCUGUACUCUGUACUGCCUGAGACAGAAGAGAUGAAGUUUGCUAAAGCCAUCAUGGAGCUUCAGAGUGAGAAUAAAUACAAGCAGAAAGGCAGACAGGAAAUCAGCAGCAGUGUCUUCCACCAGAUGCCGGAGACUAAAGAGAUGGAAUUUGUUAAGCAGAUCUCCGAACUUCAGAGUGAGACAAAGUACAAGAAGGACAAAGAGGAUCUGCCUAACGCUUUGUUCUCUCUGCUGCCUGAAACUCUGGAGACUCAGUUUGUUAAAGAGAUGGCUGAAACACACAGCGAGAGUAAAUACAAGGAGGCUGGUAAGAAAGAGCUGGUUAACUCUCUAUACUCUCUGCUGCCUGAGACCAAAGAUACUCAGCAUGCCAAGGAGCAAACUCAGCUGCACAGUGAGAAAGCGUACAGGGAGGAGGGCAAGAAGGAAGCCGGCUGCAGUCUGUACGCCCAGAUGCCCCAAACCAUCGAGACUGUCUUCGCCAAAGAGCUGACCAAAACACAGAGUGAUAAGUUCUAUAAGGAGAAGUAUAACCGUGAGAAAGGGAAGUCCAGCUACAGCAACAUGAAAACACUGCCAGAAGUGGAGCAUGCCAUGGAGGUCAACAAGAACCAGAGCGAUGUCAGCUACAGAAAAGGCAAAGAGGAGCUCCAUCACUAUAGCUCGGCGGCAGACAGACCUGACAUCGUCAGUGCCACGAAUGCUGCUAAACUUGCCAGCGACGUUGCCUAUAAGAGUAACACCAAGCAGCCAGUUUACAGUGAUGGUUCUCUUUUGGCAAGAACCGACAUCCAGCACGCCAAGGAGGUUUCAAAACUGGCCAGCCAGGUGAAGUAUAAGGAAAGCUUUGACAGAAACUUAAAGGGCCAGAGGCCUUGUUACAACCCGCUGGAGUGUCUCUCCUUCAAACACACACAAGCUGCUGCUGCUCUGGCAAGUCAGGUGAAGUAUAAGACCAACCAGAGCCACAAACCUGAGGGUUCUUCAGACAUGCCCAACCUCCUGCAGCUGGAGCACGUUCUACACGCCAGCAAGCUGCAGAGCAACGUGGAGUACAAGAAGAAGUACGAGCAGACAAAGGCUCUGUACCAUACAGCUCUGGACACAGCUGAACAGCUCCACCAUAAGGAGAAUGCAGUGCUGCACAGUCAGGUGAAGUACAGAGAGGAGUAUGAGAGGAACAAAGGUCGCUCUCAGAUGGAGUUUGGAGAUACUCAGUCCUACAAAGUGUCUAAAGAAGCACAGAAGAUGCAAAGCGAGAGUGCGUAUCGGAAGGACUAUGAGGAGCAGAUAAAGGGGAAGGCUUUGGUGGAUGUAGACCAGACACCUGGAUACCUGACAGCCCGCCAUGCCAGCAGCCUGCUGAGUGAGAAGGAGUACAGGAAGGACCUGGAGCAGGAAGUGAAGGGACGGGGCUUAUCUGGCAUCGGGCUGGAGGAAACACCUGAGCUGCUGAGGGUUAAAAAAGCCAAUCAGAUACUGAACCAGAAGGAGUACCGCAGGGACUUAGAGAGGGAGAUCGUGGGUAAAGGCAUGGAGCUAAGUGCUGACGUCCUCGAGAUACAGAGAGCCAAGAGAGCCUCAGAGAUCCAGAGCCAGAGGUCCUACAAGCAGACGGAGCAGCUCAGAGAAAACUCAUAUGGGUCGGUUACAGACACUCCUGAAUUGCUGCACGCCUCCUACCUCAAAGACGUCUACAGUCAGAGGUCCUACAAGCAGACGGAGCAGCUCAGAGAAAACUCAUAUGGGACGGUUACAGACACUCCUGAGCUGCUGCACGCCUCCUACCUCAAAGACGUCUACAGCCAGAAGAAGUAUAAGGACGAAGCGGAGCGUCUGAAGGGACACUACAGUCUGGUGUCAGAGACACCUGAGAUGGAGAGAGUCAAAGCCAACCAGAGACACAUCAGCUCUCUGCGCUACUGCUGGGACUCCAAGCUGAUGAGAGGCCUGAUGUCUUCAGUCACUGAGACGCCAGAGAUCGUCCUUGCAAGGGAGAAUGCCAAGAAGAUCAGUGAUGUCCAGUACAAAGAGGAAGUGGGGCGUGGCACCGCUGUCAUGGAUACGCCUGAGAUGGAGCGAGUCCGACGGAACCAGGAGAACAUCAGCUCAGUCAAGUACAAGCAGAGUGCAGUGAAGGCCUCCAGUGUCGGAGUGACUCCAGAACUGGAGAGAGUCAGACAGAACCAGGAGAACAUCAGCUCGGUGAAGUACCAGCGUGGGCUGCAGGAGAUGAGAGGACGCAGCUGCACUGAGCUGGACACACCUGAGUACAGGCGUGUCAGGAAGUCACAGGACUCCGUCUCCAUGGUAGCGGCAUGGUUGCAGUGGCUCCUGCCUGGGCUGUGGGAGAAGCUAACACGAGUGACGUGGCACCAUGGGUGGGACUGAUGCACCACCACUAACACCGAGCACCAGACAGCAUGGAGGACAGAGCAGUGUUUGUGUGUGUGUGUGUGUGUGUGUGUGUGGUCUUCAGGCAGAUCCAAUUUCAGAAACAGAACCAGGUCUCAGAUUUAGACUCUAUAGUCCAUCCUACUUUCAGAUUGGUUUGGGUUUACAGAUCGUACCUGUUUCAUUGAGAGCACUGUGUUUUGGCCAAAAAGAAUAUUAAAUAAUAAAGAAUAAGUUCACUGUUUUUUAACCCAAAUCAUGUUUCUCAUCAUUUAUAAUUAUGUGUAACAUAAUUACAAAACUUGAAAGCUGCUCUCUGUCAGGUGUAAUUGACUUUUUUUAGUGUGGUCAUUUAAAUGAGGAACUAUAUUUUUUUAUUAUGGUCUAAGUUUGGAACUCAUCCCUGAGGAUCCAGUUGGUUUAGAGGCAAGCAGCAACCUCCAGGGCUGAAAAAUGAAGCCAACAUAGAAGUGCCAAAAACUGCAGUUCCUCUAAUGUCCACUUGAGACUGGCUCCAAGAACGAGUCAGUCCCCAUAGACCCCCUUGUUAAAAUGCCCAACUUUACACCAGAAAUAAACAUGUUUACAUUCUGGUGCAAAAAGCAGUUUGGGUGUCCAUAGCUAAAUUUAACAUUGUUGACAACUGUACAGCGAGGGGGGUGGGGCGGACAUCAUGGUAGCUACAUACAUUAUUUUUACAGUCUGAGAUUAAGAGCUGAAUAGAAUUCUCAAAGUUUCUGUAGAUGCCUUAAGCUAAUAUAAAGCUGCACAUCAGUCACACAAGAGUAUGAGGAUGUAAGACUGUAUUUACGUGUGUGUGUGUGUGUGUGUGUGUGUGUGUGUGUGUGUGUGUGUGUGUGCGUGCGUGCG